CUACGCGUCGCUGACGUGAUGGUCUGUCACUGGCAUUACUUAUCAUAUAGUCGUCUGUCCGACUUGGGCAAAGUUCCAACAAAAUUGUUUCUACCAACUGUCAAGAAAUAAUAUUUUUUUUGUUUCACGGAACACUAAAAGGACAUCAUUCGCUUUGUGUUUUGUGCUUAGAUGUGCUACAUUCUCCAUGUGCAAUACGAAUAUAUAUUACAUUCCGAUGACGUUAGAAUUUCAAAAUGGCGAUGAGAGAACCUUUCUACUACCCUGUGGGGAACACGCCACCUAAAGAUCUGACACUCGGUUGCCAGGUUCCCGAUGACGUCAGUAUCCUGUUACUAGGAUGUGGAGACAUACGUAAUAUUCUGUACACAAUUCACACAUUCUACACCAAUGACAUUUACCCGAAGGAGCCAAUCAAAUUCCACCUCAAUGAUCAUCAUUCUGGUAUUUUACAGCGCGCAGCUAUACUGCUGUACCUUGUUGAUUGCAUUGAUCCUACCAACGAGGAUGACUUGAAGUUUCUUUGGGCUGUUUGGUACGACUGCUAUCUCACGAGAGAACAUGGCAAGAGAUUCCAUGAAAUGUUGAAUCAAAAUAUAUUUUCCGAUUUCUCUGUGGUAGCUGGGGAUCGUCAAACUUUUUUAGGAUGAGCGUAACCGUUAAAUUUUGGACAGAACAAGAUCUUAGUGCAGCUCAAUUGAUGGAGAAGAGAUACGAAUAUCUGAAAAUAUGUUACGUACAAAAGGUCAAAUUUCCAGAGUUUCAAAUCAAAAGACUGCUGAGUAGAUUUAUUGGACAGCAUCCCAGUUUUGCAGACAACAAGACAUAUCUGGAGUCAUGCUCUAGGGAGAUAACGGAUUUUAUUGAGAUGGGCGUCACAAGAAUAAAUCUGAGAGGGAAAACGAAAAAGGAGAUUAUGAGGACGUGCGUGGUGAAUCCGACGUUUGUGAAGCCUAAUAAUCGCUGGAUAAUCGAAGAAAACAGCACGAUAUUCCUCGCCUUCGACUGCGACAUGGCAGGAUAUGACGGCAAGGAAAACGACAUAGCUUCGCUGUGUUUUCGACAGCUGGCUGCCUGGGUUACCAGCUAUCAACACUACGUCAAAAGAACUUGUAGUCCGCAGUACACACUGUGGUUUGGAGAUGCGUUACACGUUGUGGACCGUAAUCUUCCAGAUGGGAUGCAAUUUGACUUCAUCGACACGUCAAACCUUUGUGAUACGACCGGACUGCUGAAUGUGAUUGUGCAUUGUCAACCACGACUAAAGCGGGAUAAUGGUAUCUUGACGACGGAGAUGUUUCACUUCUUUGUAGCGUAUGCGAAAAUUACAGAAGUCUUUGAGAAAUGUAUUGGCUGUUCGCCUUCUUUGCUUCCAACCAUAUUUGGACUUCAUUUUGCUGUUGACCUGGAUAUUGGAACCGAGAAACUGAGGCUAAAUGGUGACUUUGUUGGUGUAAACAUCGUAACUUUUCACUGGAAAGUUGCACGAGAUCUGUCUACCUUAAACAUUAAAGAUGGAAAAGCUGAUGUUGGAAUAGACGCCAUCAGAAGAGUGUUUACAGUUACAGACAAAUUUCCUUUUGACGCCCUGGCAGAUUCCUGGUGUUCUAUCAAUAAACAGAACAGCGUUACCAGAUGGAAGAUCCUAACAAGGUUGAUGUCUGUCUGUGAUGAGCAAUCUUACAGUUAUUUGCUGGAUGUGAUUCGCCAGCCUGAUUUCGCCAAGAUGCUUGACUCAGAUAUUGAACACCACACCAAACGAACAUCAGAAAGACAACAGAAUCAGGUUGUGGUGACGGUUGUCAAAGAGUUCAAAGAAAGUUACCACGUGGUUUUCAAGUUGGAUUCAAAACUUUGUUUUGGGGAGUUCAGCAUGGACUACACAGAUGCCAGCAGAAAAGACGGCGUGUGCUUCACUUUCAGCGACGCAAGCACAACACUGAAACAUAAAUGCCAGCUUUCUUGUCCAAUCCUGUUGUCAUCUUCGAAAAUCAAGGUCUCUAUGAAGGCUGGCGAAGUGACCUGUGACCUGUUGAAAGACCUGACCUUGACCUCAGGUGAACUGGUUCUCCCUCUACGACCACUGUUUUCUGACGUCACAAAGGUUCCUAACUAUGAGAAGUCAGACGAGAAUGACCGCGAGCUGUAUGAGAUCAAAAUCCACCGAGUUUACCCGCGGAUUCACAGAUCUCUACACGACAUCCACAAAAUGUCAGGCUGGAAUAUCUUGAUGGAAUUACUUUUCUGCACAUAUGUUGAAUUUAAUUCAACUCCACAAAUCAGGACAAUACAAGUGACUUACGGAGACUGCUCAAAGGAGCUGAAGAAUUUUAGUAUGAUGUUCACUGUAGAUUCCUUCAAAAUAGUCGAGAAUCUGCCCACCCUGGUCGUGAGGUGGGUCGACUUUGACGAAGUUAGGAAGAACGUGCAGGAGAACAAAACAACAGAAGCAGACGUGAUGGCGGCCAUUGAAAAGUCACGUGAUCUACCUCGUGUUUACAAUCUGGGAAAACUGGCAAAGCUUCACGAUGGUUUUGUACUCCUGAAGAAAAUAAUUGCUCUGAACACGAGGCGAUCAAACCAGGUGGAGACGACAGAAGUGGCUCUACCUUGGCAGAAUUCGUUCAUCCGACCAAGAUAUCCUUUCAUGCCUUUUUCAUAUCAUCUAUAUUUUGCAAACAUGGGUGAACUUUUGAACAGAGAUGGAAGUUCACAACAUGUCCUUGAUCCUACUGAAUUCUAUCUCAAGUCAAUAGAGAUUAUAAGACCAGGUUUGUCCAGAAUAGAUAUUGUCCGUCAGCUUCAUUUGACGACCAUGGAGAAAAUGGACAAGGUGACACCACCAAUGUGUCAGGGAAAUCGACUGUUAUUUUGUGAUAGCUGUGCCACGGCGAACGUCUCAUGUAAAAGAUGCACGAAGUGUUAUUCCGUGUACUACUGCAGCAGAGAAUGUCAGAAGAAAGACUGGCGGGAACACAAGAAAGUCUGCAAGCAGCGGCCAUCACAAUAGGGAGUUUCCCCUUACGGCCAGAGGGCUUAUGCAGCCAUUUCCGGCAAGAGAGUAUGUUAAAUCAUACAAGUUUAAGUUCAAGUUCUUUAUUUACCUUGAGUUUUACAACUCAUCAGCUGGAUACAUAACAUAAAUAAUACAACAUAGAUAUACAAAAUACACAUGUGCAAAACAAUGGAUGGUGUCGUUUAUAUAUAUAUAAUCAUGGACAAAUAAAGUGAUACAAGUUACAUUUAUUACAUUAACUAUCAUCCUGCAUUAACCGAUCUCUAAUUGUGUUAGCUUGCACCAAAUAUUUUCCUAGGUUAAUCAAUUCCUUAUUGUUACUGCUGGUUAAUAACAGUAUAAAACGAUAAACACUUAGCCGCUUAUAAUAAUACAUUUUUAUAUAUUUACAGCGCACAUAUUUGUAUUGUGGACACUCUAUUACAAAGUGAUAUUCGUCAUCUAUAACAUUAAAAUUACACAGAGUACACAUUCUUUCUGAUCUUUCGAUGUUUCGACACCUGCCAGAUUCUACAUUUAAUUUAUGAGCGCAUAUUCUAAUCUUACAUAUUUGUUUUUACACAUCGCGUUUCCAUUGUCAAUCUUAAAUAUGUUUGUAAUCUAAAUUCGUUUAAUGAAUGUUGAUAUUAAAGUCCAGUGCCGGCCUCUGUGUUGUCGUGGUUAAGCCAUCGGGCAUAAAUAAGGUUGAUAGGUACUCGAUUCGUAGCCCGGUACCUGUUCCCACCCAGAGCGAGUUUUAACGACUCGGUGUGCAAGACCACUAUACCCUCUUCUCUCUCACUAACUACUAACAACUAACUCCCUGUCCUGGACAGACAGCCCAGAUAGCUGAGGUGUGUGCCAAGGACAGCGUGCUUGAACCUUAAUUUGAUAUAAGAAGGAAAAUGCGUUGAAAAGAAAUAGAAAAAUCAUUCAGUGGAAUAUUUGAUAUAAAAUAGAGUCUGUCUACAAACUACAAAUAUUUCCUCAAAUGAAUACAAUGUAUUUAUUUCUGUUUAGAUUUAGUGUGUGUGUGUGUGUUUCUCUCUCUCUCUCUCUCUCUCUCUCUCUCUCUCUCUCUCUCGCUCUCUCUCUCUCUCUCUCUCUCUCU